AUGUCUAAGAAACCACAUUGGUCGUCAUUACGCCGCAGGGCAGCCUUGUCUGACCAUCUUUUCUUGCCUUCACGUCUACAGAAUCUGCCACGACACAUGGAUGAUUCCGAGAGAAGACUAACACUUGGAGAUUUGGGUAAACUAGCUAAGGAGAGACAGGAAACUACUCGGAGUGCCACAUUAGGGGAUGUGGGAGAUUGGUUCAGAAACAAACUUCCAAGCCAUCGUGCAGAGAGAGGGGGGACAUUGAGAAACAACGGGGGUCGGGAAAUUGGAGCGGUUGCUGAUAAUUCCUCAUCUCAACUUCAACACAAAAGCAACGAUCAAGAAUCGACACAGCAUCGCUCUGCUUCAAAUCGCCGAGGGGGUCAACGCAGCAGAACCGGGGGUUCAGAUCGUCUUGUAGACUGGAACACACCAAAAAACCUAGGUGAAGCAGUACCUGAACCAACACCCGCAUCUAAAGACAAAUGGAAUGAGCCUUCACUGCCGACUUAUCGCAGAUGGAAUGACUUCGGUUCCCUGGAAAAAGGCAAGAAGCGUGGUCAGAAGAAACAGAGUGACAGUAUAGAAGCCGAGAAGGGCAAAGAACAGCAACCUAUGAGGCGCUCCUCCAUAGCUCAGUCCUUUGCGGCAGCCAUUCAAGGAACUCCUAGCAUAUUAGAAGUUCUAGAAGCCAAUCGAAAGGCAAGGAGAAAAGCACGGGAGGACCGGGAAAGUUUGAGAGAGAGCGGAGAUUACCUGGGUGUUCAAGGUGUCAAUCCGCAGACGGGUAUUCUUGAUCUUACAUCGGACAGUGGAGAGAGUACGCUGAGCUCGACAACGGAACAAAAGCUGCUGAACCUAGAGGCACAGGCCAAGAGCACUUUAUCAGCUGCCGAAAGAAAGGAGGCCGAGAUUGAAAUCGUCAAGAUACAUCUUGACCACGAAGUCGCCAAGGCACGACGAAAAGAGAAAGCAGAGAAACAACUGGCAGCUUCUGCCACUGCCAAAUGGCGAAGGGGGACACACCAGUGGUCGUCGGUUCAGAAACCUGAUUUGAGCCCAAUUGCCCAAUCGCACAGAAGUACUUCAGUAUUCUCAAGGCGCCCGUCACGACGAGACUUAGAUAUGGCAAGGGAAGAAGGGCUGAUCGACUUUAACCCAAAGGAAUCGUCCGAUGAAGAAGUCCCGACUGCAGUACGACCCAAGGAAGGUUCCAACUCAUCUGACACAGUGGUCAAAACCCCUCAUAGACGCAGCCUGGCAAACCCAUCUCCUUCAGCCUUGGAGCUUUUCGAGAAUGACAUAAAAUUCCAUAACCCAAGCGAGCCCAGGCUAGACAGAGAUCAGAUCCCAGGGUCUUUCCUCGCACCCGCGCACGAUGAUACACAGAUACAAACGCCUGCCAACGAGACACAACAUCUGCAAGGGAACCAGAAGUUUUACGAGGCAGGCGGAUCACUGGCGCGCCACAGUGAACAAGACCAGCACUCCAGUUCUUUUUUAGAGAAGGGCCUAGAAGGGGCAAUAGAACCGGGGGGAACCCAGAUACCUCGAGUGUCAAUCAGGAAGGACUCUUCAUCAGAUCUCUCGAUGAAACCAAACCUCACAGCAUCAAGCACCAACCACUUACUAGUGAAGAGCAAGAUCGAGAUACGAAGCCAACACGAGAACAGCAUUCCAGAAAGCUACGUGCAAGAUUUGACGAUCACCCACGAGAAAUCCAUUACCCUCCCGACAACAUUGGAACAGACCGCGUCAAAUUCCCUAGAAAGCCAGUGCCAACACACUCCAGUCUCGACAUCCCAUCAGCAAGUCCUCACAGGGCGUGUAUAG